AUGGCGGCCGCUGGGACACAGCAACCAGCUCAAGGUGACCAAAACUUCGAUUAUAUGUUCAAGUUGCUGAUCAUCGGCAACUCAUCUGUGGGGAAAACCUCGUUUUUAUUUCGUUACUGUGAUGACUCAUUCACAUCCGCAUUUGUGUCUACAGUAGGAAUAGAUUUUAAGGUGAAAACAGUGUUUAGAGGAGACAAACGUGUCAAACUACAAAUAUGGGAUACGGCUGGACAAGAACGCUACCGCACCAUUACAACAGCAUAUUAUCGAGGGGCCAUGGGUUUUAUCCUUAUGUAUGACAUCACUAACGAGGAGUCCUUCAACAGCGUCCAGGACUGGUGCACCCAGAUCAAAACUUAUUCCUGGGAAAACGCUCAGGUGGUGCUGGUUGGCAACAAAUGCGAUAUGGACGGUGAGCGGGUGGUGUCCAUAGAAAGGGGAAAACAACUUGCCGAUCAACUAGGACUUGAGUUCUUUGAGACUUCAGCCAAGGAAAAUAUAAAUGUGAAAGCAGUAUUCGAGAAACUUGUCGAAAUUAUUUGCGAUAAAAUGGCAGAAAGCUUGGAUAAGGAUCCACAACAACAGCCAAAAGGCCAACGGCUGGAUGCGACGACUAAUCAGAAACCGCCCACGCAACAGUGCAAUUGCUAG